UUAUCAGCGACAGUAACUAUCUCCAGAUAUAGCGGCAGGAAGAGAAACAUUGCAGUCGUCCUGGAACAAAAAAAUAACUUUGGUUUCAUUUAGUACGCGCAACGUUUACGCGUUAAAACAAGAGAUAUUUGGAGACGCUCCUCUGCGCUGCCUGAUCCGUCUGUCUGUGUGGAGUGACAACGUUUUCCCGCUGCGCUCUACUACUCAGUUUUGGACGUCUACAGGACCGGACUGCUUUAUCACCCGACCGUCCUUAUCUGGACAGGAAUCUAUAAUUUGUUUAAAAAGGCACAUAUACAUUAUUCUGCACAGCGUGAGGACAGUGCACCUCCACAGGACUGGGAGCAGCCUGAGAAAUCAUCCCUACAUUUCAACCCACACAGUUGUGAAAAUGUAUCCGAGCCUGGCAUUGUCCUCCAACCAGUCCCCUUACGCACAUGACACCGGGAAUUACAUCCACCCCUCGGCCAGCUCUCCGGUCUACGUCCCCACCACCAGAGUCCCCGCCAUGCUGCCCACCCUUCCCUACCUGCAGACCUGCGACUCGACCCACCAGUCCCACGGCCUCGGCGGGCAUCACGGCUGGCCCCAGACCACCACGGACUGCUCCUCUUAUACACCCGGCAGCCCCCACCCUCAUCCGCACGGCUUCUCGUACUCGCACAGCCAGCCCGUCAGCAGCAACACCGGCCGGGAUGCGACCUACCAGAGCCCGCUGGUUCUCGGAAACGGCGCUAGGGUGGAUCAGUACGGGGGCGCGCUGAUGCGCUCGGUUGGAAGCUCCUAUUCCAGCCCCUACGCGUACAUGAGCCCGGAGAUGGCGACGUCCUCCUGGACGCCAGGACACUUCGAAAGCGGGGUGAUAAGUCUGCAGGGACGGCAUGGACUGUCGGGGAGAAGGUCCAGUUUGGACCUGAUUGACGACAUGUCCAACGAGGGCAGGGAGUGCGUCAACUGCGGCUCCGUGUCCACGCCGCUGUGGCGCAGGGACGGCACUGGACACUACCUGUGCAACGCCUGCGGCCUGUACCACAAGAUGAACGGCAUCAACAGGCCGCUCAUCAAACCACAGAAACGGCUGCAGACCACAUCUCGCCGGGCCGGCCUUUGCUGCACUAACUGCCACACCAGCACCACCACGCUGUGGAGACGCAACGCUGAGGGAGAACCUGUGUGUAACGCCUGCGGCCUCUACAUGAAACUGCACGGGGUGCCCAGACCUCUGGCCAUGAAGAAAGAGAGCAUUCAGACCAGGAAGCGCAAACCCAAGCUGCCCAAGAAUAAAACAUCCACACAUCCAGGAUCCACUAACUCUGACAGCAGCUCCCCAACCUCCCUGUCAGUCUCAGAACAUGCCUCAACCAUUAAGAGCGAACCCAACAUGGCCCCUUCACCCUACGCCGGACAGACGGUCACAUCUGCCUCUCAGGUGGCUUCUCUGUUAGACAGCACAGGAUCAGGACAUGUGGACAUUAAAUAUGAGGAUUAUCCCUUUACCCCGACCUCCAUGGCCCCACAGAACUCCUGGUGCGCUUUGUCUCAAGCAUGAGCAACUGCGACCAGCAGGACUGCCACACAGACACCACACAGCUCACUUUGGCCUUCUCUCCAUCCUGCAACCAUUACUCUCCACUCUGGAGCUGUGGAGAAACUGCAGUAUCUGAUGUGUCCAGGCGCUCUUCACCUGAGUACCUUGACCAAAUCUGCUAGCCAUUGUGUACUGUAACACUCUAGCUCUGUAAGUGACAGCUCACCUGGACUAUACUUUAGCUUCACAAGGACACAGGGUACUUGGGCUGCGGUUUUACAAAAGACUGUGUAUUAUCCACAAAACGCCGACUCAACAGUUCAGCCGGAGCAAAGAAGAUGAACUUAAGAUGGCUUAACUCUGACCCUGGCUCUCCCGAACUCACACCCAACAAGCCACAUUUCCUCAGUGGGACAACAACUACCUAUUCCUAAGAUAAAUCUCCAUUUUUGGAAAUACAAAUAGAAAUAUAUAUACGCAAAGACAAUCAAGUGGAAUGUGAAAAAGACAUGGAUAUAAUAAACCCUUUUUAUAGCUGAUUUUCAUUAAGUUUUUGUUGCUGUUGCUGGUGUUUGUAGAUAUUACCCUCACUGCUUUCUGUGGUGUUUUCAAGAGCAUAAUGAGAGCAGUUUCAGCAUGUUAUUGUCAUCACAGAAAGAAAAGCAGGAAAAUGGACAGAAAAUACCUUUUUUUAUGGCUGUUGAACAUGUCUCAUUAUAAACAUGUAGAUGAUUGACUUUUAUAGGCACAUUAUUUAUGUUGAGAUAAGGACAGUUAAAAGUCAUGGUGGACACUAAAAGCAGCCAAUUAUAGCCCAGUGCUCACUGUUGGAGAAUGGCUGGUGUACAGCACAGCCUCGCAGAUAUGACGCUUAGGUUGUGUGAGUGAUUUCUCAAGAUAUAAACUGCAUCUUGCAUAAUUCCUUUGAAAAUCAGAACCAGUUGUUUCGAUUCUGACAUCAUGACUACAUUUCAUAAGUUUAUCAUUUUACUGCUUUAAUAUUUGACAUUAAUGAAAGUGCAAUGACAAUUGAAGGCACAACAAAAAGAGUGUGAAAUGAUUCUAAACAUAAUAAUCUAAUUGUAUUGUCAUUAUUUGUCAAUAUGUAAGGGGAUUUUAUUAUUAUAUAAUGUUCUAAAGAACUCUCUCUUGUUCACUGUCUUUUUUCAAUGCUCUUCGGAAUCUGUUCAAGUUAAUAAACUGAUUAAUAUUUUA